AUGGAGAUGCAAAAUGAAACAGUUCUAACUGAGUUUAUCAUCCUUGGCUUUCAAAAUCUACAAGAGGUACGUCUCUUGAUCUUCAGUGGGUUCUUGACCAUCUACCUAUUCACUGUGCUGUGGAAUACCUUCAUCAUCAUCUUGGCCCUUGUGGAUCAGAGACUCCAAAGCCCCAUGUAUUUCUUCCUUGGGAACCUGUCCUUUCUUGACAUUUGCUACACGACCACCACCAUCCCUCAGAUGCUGGAUCUCCUUCUCAUAGAGAGAAGCAGCAUCUCCUAUUUACGCUGUGUGCUUCAGUUGUACUUUUUCUUCUCCUUUGUGGGCACUGAAUGUCUCCUUUUGGCAGUGAUGGCUUUUGACCGCUAUGUUGCCAUAUGUAACCCUCUACGUUAUACGUUGAUUAUCAAAAGAAAUGUUUGCCUCCAACUAGCCACAGCAUGCUGGGCUGGUGGUUUCCUCAAUUCUGCUGUGCACACUGUCUAUGCAUUCCAGCUCCCUUUCUGUGGGGAAAACCACAUAGAUGCUUUCUACUGUGACAUUCCACCGCUGCUGAAGCUGUCAUGUGGGGACAUCACACUCAACAAAAGACUCCUACUGACUAUAGGUCUAUUCAUAGCUUGGACACCCCUUUUCUGUAUCAUUCUGUCCUAUGCUUAUAUCAUUUCAACUGUCUUAAAGAUACGCUCCACAGAGGGGAGACAAAAGGCUUUCUCCACCUGCUCCUCUCACCUCACCGUGGUUCUUCUCUAUUAUGGAAGUUGUAUUUUCACAUACUUGAGACCUGUUCCCACUCAGUCAUCAGUUAAUACAAAGCUGAUCCCACUCAUGUACAGCAUCCUGACUCCAUUGCUAAAUCCUAUAAUAUACACUUUGCGCAACAAGGAUGUGAAAACAGCUUGGAAAAGCAUAAUGGGAAAGGUUUGA